AUGCUGGAGGCAAAGCGCGUGAGACAGCUCGCCCUCAUCUUCUGUUCAUGGAAGGCGUUGCUUCUCCUACUUGCAGCGUUUUGUCCUGGUCCCGGAUAUGAUACCUCAGCUCUCGUACUGUUCAACCCGAGCACCCACCGACAUGACAACUUGGAUGAUUUGUCUCGACAGGAUCGUCUUACCAUCAACCUAUUCCGGUGGGAUGCUUUCUAUUUCGUCAAAUCUGCCGAGCGUGGUCACACUUUCGAGCAGGAUUGGGCGUUUAGUUGGGCGUACUCACAGCUCCUCAAGCUAACAGCACAACUUUGCUGCGGUAGUGUGGCGUGUCCACUGCAGUACUACAUCAUCACUGGAAUUGUCCUCUCCAAUGUCUUCCAUUUCAUAUCCGUACUUGUCCUUUAUCGUCUAUUGACCAUGAUUCUGGAUCCCCAACAGCAGCACCAUGUCGCCUUCAAUGCAUCCGUCUUACAUAUCCUAACACCGGCUUCGCUAUUUUACUCCGCACCCUACGCAGAGGCCCUAUUCUCGUUGCUUAAUUUGACGGGCAUGCUUUAUUACGCCCAGUCUAAAGCCACGGCCAAAGCUGGAGGGUCGCCCUUUCAGGAGGAUGCUUACAAGCUAAGCUCCGGCCUGGUAUUUGCCUCAGCGUCUUUGAUGAGGAGCAACGGCUUAUUGAGCGGCCUGAUCUUCCUGUACGACGUUGCAAGAUAUAUGCCUCGUAUCGCAUCCGCAAAGCUGAGCGUACGUGACUUCAGAAGGAUAUUCGUCACAUGUGUCGCUGGUCUGUUCGUCGCUAUAGGCUUUGCGUGGCCUCAGUAUCUAGCAUACACGGAGUUUUGUGGUCGGGAAGCCAGUCUAAAUUCCAGACCAUGGUGCGAAAAGAGCGUCCCCAGUAUCUACUCUUGGGUACAAAGUCACUACUGGAACGUCGGCUUCUUCCGUUACUGGACUCUCUCAAACUUUCCCCUCUUCUUACUAGCGGCACCGAUGUUGUGGCUACUGCUUGAGUCAAGUGUAACAGUUCUCCGCAGCUGUAUUCAGCGGCCUUUGCAUGGGCAUCAUGCGUCCCAAACUCAUGGAACGGUCGGUCCCAAGAGUGCGUCUUCUGUAGCGCACAGCCUCCCAGAGCUGGCAUUGCCCCAACUAGUGUUGGCUGUAAUGGCGUUUACCAGUUUUCAUGUUCAGAUCAUCAACCGAAUUGCUUCCGCGUACCCUACUUGGUACGUAAUGAUCGCUACAUGGCUGGGAGACAGCAAAACCACACGGGGCUCAGGAGAGUUCUCGCGACGAGAUCAAUGGUUCGUUCGUGGUAUGGUCAUCUAUGCAUUGACCCAGGGGAUGCUGUUCGCCAACUUUCUCCCACCGGCAUGA